CCACGCUUUUUGGUGCCAAUCCCAAAACUUGCUUUUCCUUAGCCUUACUUCAUUCAAUGCUGAAAACCUGGUAUUUGAUCAUGGUUCAAUACUCUUCGCUUCAUCUUCAGACAACAUGACUCUGGUGUCAUUUCUUCGCGAUGAGCGCGUCAUCCUCGUGGGCAUCGGUGCCGCUACGUUCGGCAUGAUCACUAUGAUGACCCAGAUGCUAACGUAUAUUCGCGACGACAACGAAGUCAAGAUCACGCCGCCGAAGACGCAAUACAUCACCCAAGAGACCGAGGAUGCGCUCGGUCUCGAGACUCUCGACAAGCUGCUAUGUCAUCCAAACUUCUCCAUCCGUGACGUUGCUAUCAAGAUACUCUGCGAUCGCGCUGUCAAUGAUUCCGACACUGUCCGACAUUUGCUCUAUGGUAUCACGCGGCCAGACUACGACACUCGCAUGACGAACCUCCGUGCUCUGGCAACAUUGACGGGACAAACUAAUGACUUCGCAGAGGGUCUCUCGAAGUUGCACACCUGGAGAGCAUACACCGCCCUCGUUAGGUCCCUCGAGUUGAGCCUAGCCGACGUGGAAAAAACGAAAUUGAACGAUAAAUACUGGGACGAAUACUAUCUCCGCGAUAUGGCUGAACGGUUCUGCCUCAUGUUCGUCCUCGAGCUUAUCACUAAGUACGGCGCAGAUAUGUUGGUGAAGGCCAAGUUCGUGGAAAAGUGGCUAGCUAAGCAAAAUUGGGGAGAAAAUGACGCCGAGCGGCAGGAGAACUUCACCUACUACAUGGAACACAAGAACAACCGCAUCGUUGAUAUUGUCACAAGGAUCGCGCACACUACGCAGGGAGCAAAGGCAAUCCUCGCGUGUAAUCUCAUUUCCAACAAAGCCAGCCCAAGUGUGAACCCAGAUCCAAAUCUUUCUGGCUUCAGCGUUGUGUUACAUUCCACAUUAUACAACGUGGAUGGCGAAGAUGAGGGACUGCAGGCGGUGGAGCAAAUGCCUCGUACGCUGGAGCACUCGGCCGAGGAACAACGUCUUAGGCGCCAACACCGCGAGGCGAUGGUGUUUAACGACGGCACGCGACCCAUUGGAAGGGAGGAUAUCAUCGAGAGGAGCCACGACUCGCCAAGCUGAACGAUCAGUGGCUGUGACAACAGACGAAUUAAGCAGCAGAUAGGUUGAUCCAUGUGGUAUCGACUACAUGCGCAGCUGUGCUUUACAUCGAGAUUCUGAUCAACACGGACGCGCCCGUACAGCACAGGGACGAGAAAGCCUUUAAUUGGUUUGGCAUGAUCCGUGGAAGAGCAGUAGAGAACAUCCUACAAUUAGGUUAACGCCAGUCAACACGUUAAUGCC